CCAAUUUAUGGAUUUUAUUUAUAUCAACAUAUGGUUUAAUUAAUGCGUGGACUUCCCAAAAUGUCACAGAAUCAAGUUUUUUCUCCUCGGUUUUGAUAUAAAUGUUGAAAAUGUUCAUGAAAACAUUCAGUAUUGUGUUAAACUCGAAAGGAUCCACCUAAAUCCUAAAAAUGAGUAAAACAAUUUCAAUAAUACUUAAAUUACUUUUAUUUUCGUCAAUUUGUAACUCACAAUACCAUAGUGGCUGUGAUCUUCCUCCACUACCCCAAAAUGGAUAUCGUGUAUUAACUGAUAAUCAAGAUAUACCUACAUACCUACCAUAUGCUAAUGUACCAUCAAAAACAUCAAUUUCAACUUUCUGUAAUCCGGGGUAUAUACUAACAAAUGGUCAAACAGAUGGACUUUCAUUCUGUUUCAAUGGAAGAUGGAUUGGAGAUUCAGUCGAUAAUAUUUGCCAAACACAACAACCUAUGUUAUCUUAUUCGAAAUAUGUACAGCCUCAAGAAAUAGGUCAAUUUGAAUUUGAAUGUGGUGAUGACAACUCUCCAAGACAAUCCGAUUUAUUACCUUGGGAUGUUUUUUUUACACAAGAUGGUUUAACACAAUGUUUAGGGAGUUUUAUUUCUCCGAAACAUAUUUUAACUGUUGCACAUUGUUUUGUUGAAGAUGAAACUGAUGAUAUAGGUCUGAUUCUGAAUAUUUUUAGAGUUGUUAUUAAUCCUUUUGAAAAUAAAGAAAUCAGAGAGAUUGAAGGACUCUUUAUUCACGACAAUUAUCGUGGAGGAAAACAAAAUUACAUGUUUGACAUUGCCAUUGCUACUGUACGAGAUUUUGGGAAUAAUUUACAAAUUAAACCUGCUUGUUUACUUAAUGAACAAAAUGGUUUCUUUGAAGACGAUGUGGGAGUAACCUAUGGAGUCCCAAACUAUAUCACACGGCCAAUAGACUUAUUUAACAAUAUUCCUAAAUCAUUUUCUGCGGUUCUUCAUGAUGAAACACGUUGUGAAGAUGAAUCUCCACAGGAAACUUUUCAAAGGUUUUAUUCUCCAGAUAAAUUCUGUGCAACUUCUUUAGCGAAAAGAAUGUGUGGAAUUGAUGGAAGUGGCCUUUAUAAAAGAUUUGGCAAUGAAUACUAUUUAGGAGGUAUUCUAACUGCUGCACAAGAAAGUCCCACUAAACCACAAUGUGAUGGUACCAUACCUGCGAUUUUCAUAAAUCUAUCACGAUAUGUCAAUUGGAUACUAGACAUUAUAAAUAACCAAUAGAAUUCAUGAAGAAUAUUUCAAAAAAGUUAGUUUUUUUUUUGUUAAAAUUAGUUGCGUUUUGGAAUAAGAGAUGUCGCUAAUAAAUACUUCAAAUUA